UUUCGAAUUGCAACAGCCUACUCUUUCCGAUACUUUCUCUGAACUAAUCCCUUUAUACAAUUGUUGCAAAAUUGUGGUUUAUAUAAGUUUUGAUUAUCGGAGAGAAGAGUAUGAUGAUGCGAUCCUGUUGUAGGCCAUUGGAGAGGUGUUUUGGGAGAAUAAACGGAGAUGGCCUUUUAUGGCAUAUGGACUUAAAGCCUCAUGCUUCCGGCGACUUCUCUAUCGCCGUCGUUCAAGCUAAUUCUUCUCUUGAAGACCAAAGUCAAGUAUUUACUUCUCCUUCUGCUACCUAUGUUGGUGUUUAUGAUGGACAUGGUGGACCUGAAGCCUCCCGUUUUGUCAACAGACACCUCUUUUCGUAUUUGCAUAAGUUUUCGAAAGAGCAAGGGGGUUUGUCAUCUGAUGUUAUAAAGAGGGCAUUUCAUGCUACAGAAGAGGAUUUUAUUCAAUUGGUGAAGAGAUCAUUGCCUGUAAUGCCAAAAAUUGCUUCUGUUGGAUCAUGUUGUUUGGUUGGUGCAAUUUCUGAGGGUGAAUUGUAUGUGGCUAAUUUAGGAGAUUCUAGGGCAGUUCUAGGACGCAGAGGUUUUGAUGCGGAAAAAAAUUCUGUGGUUGCAGAAAGGUUAUCAACUGAUCACAAUGUUUCAUGUGAGGAAGUGCGGAAAGAAGUUGAAUCACUUCAUCCUGAUGAUCAGGAUGUAGUGGUAUAUAUUCGAGGUGUUUGGAGAAUUAAAGGCAUAAUUCAGGUCUCAAGAUCUAUUGGGGACGCCUAUUUGAAGAAACCUGAAUUUAACAGGGAUCCUAUCUUCCAACGAUUUGGGAAUCUUGUACCUCUGAAGCGGCCUGUACUGACAGCAGAGCCUUCAAUUGUUACAAGAAGUAUAAGGCCUCACGACUUAUUCCUUAUAUUUGCUUCUGAUGGCCUCUGGGAACAAUUAAGUGAUCAAUCAGCUGUGGAGAUAGUAUUUAAAAACCCAAGAGCUGGAAUAGCUAAGAGACUGGUGCGUGCAGCCCUUCAGGAGGCUGCCAAGAAGAGGGAGAUGAGGUACAGGGACAUACAGAAGAUAGAAAAGGGGAUUAGGCGCUAUUUCCAUGAUGAUAUAACAGUUAUUGUGAUCUAUCUUGAUCACCAGAAAGAAUCCUUCCAUUCCAAAGGCACUCUUGGCUCUAUCACUGCACCUGUAGACAUUUUCUCAUUUAAUUCAAAUGAUGCUGAGGAGAACCAAGUGAUUGAAGCUUUUUGAACUGCCCGAAACCGCAACAAGAGGAUGGUAUAUUCAGUAUAUAAUGUUACUGUAUAGGGAAAUAGCGACAGAAACAGAGUAUUACAUGGAGAAAAUACAGGUUUGAUGUAGAUAAACCGGGGUAAUGGGUUGCUGAUUGGAUGAAUCGAGAGCAGAAGUUCAGUUGACCAAACCCAUUGUUUUGUUCUUUCAGACGGAUUGUGCUUGAGAAAUAUAGUGCAAAAAAGGACUCCUGUUAUUUUGACCUGACAAUUUUUAGGUAGGGAAGUUUUCUGAAAAUCCCCAGGUUUUGUUGUAUUUUGCAUUCUUGCUGUGCAAAGAGUUGAAUAAGGUGAGAAUCAGAUUACCUCUCUAUCUUGUAGUUACAGUUAUGUGGUCUCUCUAUUCAUAAAUUUACACUAA